GUGACAUCACCAUAAACAGGAAGCGGGACGUCGAGAGGUGGGAAAAAGGAGCCAGUCCGUGCGAAGAUGGCGGAAUACUUGGCUUCGAUUUUCGGGACAGAGAAGGAUAAGGUGAACUGUUCCUUCUAUUUCAAAAUCGGAGCGUGUCGCCAUGGAGACCGUUGUUCGCGACUCCACAACAAGCCCACGUUCAGCCAGACGAUCGUCCUCUUGAACCUUUACCGGAACCCACAGAACACGGCGCAGAGCGCGAACGGCUCCCACUGGGUUUUCCAGUUUCGGGACCAAAGCGAACAACCCCCGGGAACAGCUCUGGUCAGUGACGUGGAGGUGCAAGAACAUUAUGAUGACUUCUUUGAGGAAGUGUUCACUGAAGUGGAGCAGAAAUAUGGCGAGAUUGAGGAGAUGAAUAUCUGCGACAACCUUGGCGAUCACCUGGUGGGCAACGUCUACGUCAAGUUUCGCCGAGAAGAGGAUGCAGAACGAGCCCUGGUGGAACUUAACAACCGCUGGUUCAACGGGCAGGCGAUCCACGCCGAGCUGUCACCCGUCACAGACUUCAGGGAGUCCUGCUGCCGACAGUAUGAGAUGGGGGAAUGUAACCGUGGCGGAUUCUGUAACUUUAUGCAUUUGAAGCCAAUCUCCAGCGCUCUGCGGCGGCAGCUGUACGGCCGAGGCCGCAAUCGACCGGUUCCUCCCAAACAUAAUUCUCCAAAGCGUUUCUCAGACCGACCCCGGCAGAACCGAGACGGACGUCGCCGCUCUCGCUCCCCACGACACAGACACGGCCGCUUUUAAAGGCAGAGAAUAUCAGGAGGAGCCACAGAACCAGCAGCGUCCGGCACCUGUCCUUCAUCCUCCACCUCCAGCAGCAGGGUCAGGAAGCGUUACCUUGUGGUAGAAGACUACCCACUUAUGAGGUUAUAGGACCAAUCUACAGGUCGAAGGUCACCAGACUGACAGACGCCAAUUUUAUAGGGCUCCUACAUGACAAGUGCCCACAGGCAGGACUCCCUUAUGUCCACCCCCAAACCACAGGUGAACGUGUCCAGGACAUCUGCUACAAGUGAUAGUAGAAGGACGCCCCUUCUGUCUGUGGCGGCUUUUUAACAUUCUGGUCCCUUUUAAGACCCUACGUGCUCUACACCCCCCCUCUUCCCUUCCCUCCCCUCCCCCUUGUGUCUUCUGAUCUUAGUUUGCGAUCCACUGAUCUACCCGAGGUUUCUUUUCUUUGCUGAACUUUCGGCUGCCGUUUUUCAUAGCUGUGAAGUUAGUCCUCGUUAUCGAUGCAGCUUCCUGUUUUAUGGCAUCAGUUUAAUAAAUGGUCAAUUGCU